UCUGUGCCAACAUGGAGGCAAAGCAGCUGAAGAGAGAUGUUGCGGUCCUCCUGGGUGACUACAUUGGGCAGAAACUGAGAGAGAAUUCAUUUGACCCCACUGGGAAAGGAUACUCCACAGUGCUGGAUGACCUGGCCCACUAUGACCUUGCCAUCAGUGUUGCUAUUUUUAGGAUGGAGAAAGACCUUGGAUGGAAAACCCAUGACAGAGACCUCACUGGGUGGGGCCACAUUCCAGUAAGCGCCGCCCUGUAUCGCAGUCGCUUGCAGCGGGAGGCCAUGAUCUUGUCAUCCUUUGCAGGCAUCAUUAUGAGCAGCCUGCCAGUGGAGGAGAUCUUGGCUUUGUACAAGUGCAAACCAGCUGCCUCGUUCCCCGACAUGCACUCCAAGGCUUCAAUCGUGUGUCCCUUCACACUCUCCUGCCACCCGCUGGCCAUGCUGAGCUCCUACAAGGCUGUGCAACACUCGAAGAGACACAAUGAAAUGUUGAAACGAUGGCUGUCUGAGAAGACAAAGUCCAGAGCUCCCUGCAGGCGUCUUCAAUCGUCAUCCUCUUCAUCCCUCUCCUCUUCCUCCCAUUCCUUCCUCAGUCCCAGCAGUGAUGAUCACGAGGAGCACUGAGGGGUUCGCCAGUGUAUGCACCGCCGACAGCAGUUCGUCAUCAAUAGAUAGAUAGAUAGAUAGACUGAUUACAUUACAUUAUCAUGUGG